GUAGCAUCGUUCCCGCUUCCAGUCACACUCUCUACAAGAAACAGUGCUCGAAUCGGGCUGAGGGAACGGCCUAUGAGGCAAUCUCGAAAGAUCCAAAACUCGUCUGUAUCGGCUUCACCCCACGUUUCUACAAGCAAAUUGAGAAAAAUGAAGAGAGUUUCAUCGAAAUCGAAGACUUACUCGCUCAAUUUGCCGACCCCUCACACACUGGAAUCAUGGAUAUAAAAGUGGGCACAAGAACCUUUCUUGAGUCGGAAGUGUCAAAUGCGAAGCUCCGCGCUGAUUUAGGAACACAAAAGGAAAAGUAUCACAAAACUCCGGUACAUGCAAUUCCCGCGAGCGUGAGAGCAGCUCGGCCGAGCUCGGCUUUCGGAUUGAAGCGGCAAAGAUGCCGGGUGGCUGUUUGCAGAAGAAUUUCCAAAAGUUCGCUCUUUCGACGAUAUCGAGGCAACGUUGCGAGCUUUUUCGGGCCCGAUCUGCGACGAGUGAGAAACGCGAUAUUGGGCAGAUUGAUCAAAAUGAGAGACGCCGUGGAGAACAGCGAUUUCUUUGCUACACAUGAGGUUGUCGGCAGUUCUCUCCUUUUGAUGUAUGAUCAAGAUAAAGUCGGCGUUUGGGCGAUUGAUUUCGCGAAAUCGACAAAAAUCGAGCCGGGUCGUGUGCUGACGCAUCGAAAAACGUGGACUCCCGGGAAUAACGAGGAUGGUUAUUUGAUGGGGCUUGACAAUCUUAUACAGAUCGUGGAGGAUAUACACGUCGGAAUGGGCAGAAACGAUAAAAACAUUUUGAGGGAAAUUCGUCGAAAACGAGAAAAGCUAGAA